UCAACAUCCGGGAACUUGUUGCCAAGAAACACAAUAUCUGAAUUUCUCUAAAAAAUUAUGAAUAAAAUGCGUUCACACACCGUUUGAGAUUAAUAUAUCACCAGAUCACCACUUACAAGGAUGACAACUCUAACAUCCCCUGAUGGGGAGACUGCUACAAUCAAUGCACGUCGUACAGAAUCUCUUGAUGCACCAAAUAUCUUGAAGUUGGUUCAGCCAUCUACUGAACAACUGUUUGGCAGAGUUAAUGUUGUUAAUCUUAUAGAAAAGGCAGUUCUUGCAGUAACACUUAGCAACGAGGAUGAUGAGUUACUGGCUCAUGCAGCAUUUUUCGACUACCCGAAUGUACCAGGUGUCGAUCAAGCAGACUGGCAGGCCUGGAUUAACAAGUACUACAACUGUGAUUUAAGCACACCUCUCAAUACUUUAUUUAUGCACUACUUCGUGGCAAAACCUGAGUAUGCACGAGGGGCAGCUAAAGAGAUUAUACGGACCAUGUAUAAUGCAGUACCAGAUUUGCACUAUUGUUAUUUGGUUGUUCCUCAAGGAGUUUACCCUGAUAAAAACAUUUCUGAUUACUUCGUACCCAUUACCCCUAUUGAUGGAGAACUGUCAGCUAAUGGCUUCUAUGUGACUGCAUGCAAUAGAUCAGAGCACGCUGCUUCGCUAUUUGUCCGCACGGCUAAAGUUGAAGAUCAUGAUGACCUGACACCUAUCUUUAAUCGCCAGAGCAACAUGCUCCAGCGCACAUAUGGGGACUUCUUUCUUGCGGAAUUAAUAGAGGCCCAGAAUGAACACAUGCAAUGUAUUGUGGCAGAGGUUGAAGGGACUGCUGUUGGGUUUAUGAGUGCUUGUGAUGAUGUCAGCUUAGAUCUGCUAAAUCAGUGCUUUGAACUCGGUCCAUUCCAUGGCCUGCAUAAGCCUCAUGAGAAUGAUAUCCUUGAACCUGGCAAGUCAUCUCGAGUCAGUCCAGCACCCAAGGAGAAAGAAGAGUCUCGACCUGCUAGUGUGACAUCACAGCACUCUGUGACAUCACAGAAUGGAAACACAGAUGCCCAGCAGGUUGAUAAACCAGACUCUCAACCAGCUGAAGAAGGGACAAAGGUGAAACCUGCACUGGGAGAUGCAACCAACAUGGGACAGAGCACAAGUUCUUUACUCAGUGAGUCAAGUGUAGCUGAAAGUAUCAAAUCUGCAGCUGAAAGCUACCACUCUGUGGUCACAUCUAAGUCAGCACAGAGCCAGCAUUCUAGGACAUCUUUAACAGGUUCAGGCAGACAACGUACCCCACUGAAGGCAGCGCCCCCUAAACGCUUUGUACCAACAUAUUGCGGCCCCAGCAACAGCUUCUGUAUUCAGUUAUUCUGUAUUGACGAAAGAUAUGAAAUGAGGUCACAAGAUUUCCUUGGCAAGUUGUUUGAGUUAUUUCCAGAGAGGGAUUUUGCAGUAAUAACAGUGCCACAUCUAGUGCCUGAGUUCCCUUUGCUACAGGGAUUUGUUAGAGUAACCCCACGCUGUCCCAGUACUUUGGCGCAGGAGCUCUAUGUAUUCCACAGAUCUGGAUUGCUCAAGUCUUUUGUGGUUCGUCCUGCUUGCAAGAAAGAUGAUGACCAAGUGGAGAAAUUGGUGUCAACUCUAGAUCUCCACGGCAACCUAUUAGCAGACCUGACACAGUUCAACCGUGCUAGACGCGACCAGGAUGGCACGGAGAUCAAUGCAUUCGUGGCAGAGGUGUUGGAUCAAAUAGUUGGAGUGGCCAUAGUAAGACGUGAAGAAGACAUUGAGUAUAUACGAUCACAUUACAACAUAGAGGAUUUCAUAUAUUUCAAUCACCAUAGAAGGGAUGAACACGGCCACUUGCAUCAUUUUGCUUUGAAUCCUGUCUUCAAACACUACAGCAAACAUUUCCUUAAGGAAAUCCUGCGCCAGGCCCACAAAACAUGUCUUUACUACCCCCUUUACCCAUCAUAUGUGGAGAAAGAGGUUGUCAAUCAGCACUCCCUGGUGUCAGCCCUUCAUGAUAUGGUUCCCGUAAGAUCAAGACGGCAAAUUACCUAUCCCAGGGAUAUUCUUGGCAUGCCCCACAACCUCCCAUCAGACAGAGUUCUGGAAAAGCAGCAGAGUUAUGCCUUGAACCAUAUUAAUAGAAAGCUAACACUUGAGCCUAAAGUCACAGUGAAUGCACGAAUUGUCGUCGUUGGGGCUUCAGAUGUGGGAAUUAGCUUCUUGGAGACAUUUGCAUUCUGUCCACAUUUACGUUUCAACAACCUCACAAUGAUCUCUCCCCAUGGUCUGCCAGGAGAGCUGCCCCCUGAUACUCUGAGGGACAAUAUGCUGGGCUCCAGUGAGUGCUACACAGAGGAGGAUUACGCUACCAUGUCCCUUAGGACCUGGGUCAAUGUGGUUUAUGGGAAAAUGACAUUCAUUGACAGAAAUAAAAAGUUUGUGGUUGUGAAUGGUGACACUAUUGUGCCAUAUGAACACUUGGUUUUGUGUACGGGGUCACAAUACCAGUUCCCUGCUCCAACAGAAGCUGACAUCAGCAAACUCGCCACAACAAGUGAAGCACCCCACAGGCCUGAUAGGCGAUACAAGGGUGUCCCACCCAAGAACCUGUACAUCGUAAAUGAUGCCUAUGAUUCAGCUGUUGUGUUAUAUGAAGUGGAAAACAAUCUCUUGAACACUGAAGGCAAAGCUCUAGUGUACGGCAACUCUUUAGAUGCUUAUUGCUGUGUCCAGACCUUACUUACAAUGGGUGUCCCUGGUGAACGCAUCAUCCUUGUAGAACCACCCUUGAACUACCAGACCAGAUGCUUUAACAACAUAACCAUCGAAGACACUAUCUUUAAAGCAAUGAAAGAUUGCGGCAUACAAAUAUUCUCAGAUUUCACGCUAGCACAAUGGAAUGAUGGGAAGGGUGGGGAGGAAAUUUAUGCUGCUUCGUUUACAUCAAGUACAAAACCAAUGCGUUUAGAAUGUUCAGCUGUGUUUGCAUUCUAUCAGAAACAAGUUGAUGUUGAUGCCUUUAAAGCUAUCAAUGAUGCUUGUUUGGUGUAUGAUGGGAGGUUGGUGAUUGAUGCAGAGUUCCAUACCAAUGAUCCAUCCAUUCGAGGAGCUGGGUCCCUUACAAAGUUCCAGAGAUCCUACCACGCAGAUCAGUGGACCCAUACUAACUUUAAUUCUAAGGAGGUUGGAAUCCAGUUGGCGAUGGCGAUGUUACGUUUGUUUGACCCCACCCUAGAGCCACAGCCUGAGGUCCCCCAGGACAUCUUGAAACUUAUACCCAUGUACAGAGCUGCCAAGGUCACCUCAGCAGUGCUACCAGGGGGUUACAAUUACCUGCACGUAGGCAAACCUGGGUUGAAUACGCCUCUGGAUGCUCUCAUGGCACAGAAUGAUUAUGGCCGUGAAUUGAUCACAGGGACACCUGGUGGCAGCCCUGAGUACUUCAGGCUACAUGUUAACCAAUACAAAAUGGUGGAAACCAUCACAUGUUUAUCAAAAAAAGUUCUCAACAAUGGUAAUAUGAUGUGUCUAUACAAUGUGCAUGAGAGAUACCUGAACAAUCUUCUCUCAAGGUUCGAUGAAGGUCUUAUUAAAGAUCUAUACAGUUACUUCAAAGAGGCGUGGUGUCUGGCUAUAUUCCAUGAUAGAUUCCCCGACUUCAAGGAAGAAGUUCGAGAACUGCUCAUCACAAAGCCAUCUCCUGAUGUUGAAGCUUUAGAGGAGAAGGUGAGACAGAUGAUAGAAGAUGACCUAACCAUUAGUAAAUCACAGAGAAAGCAACUUGACAAAGACUAUUUGGAGGGUGGAGCUAAGCGUGCAGUUGACACCCGCCUUCUCAGUUUCCUUACAUACAAUUACUACCAUCUACCUAUGUAUGCGAAGCCUGGUAUGCUAUAGAAACAAUAUGCAGAGACUAUUUUUCCGAGUUUCUAAACAUACAUGUUAUAUCACCUACAAGUGUAUGCAAAGAUGGAAUGCUACAGAAUCAUUCCUACAGACUUUUUUGAUUCUUUCCUCAGUCAGGUUUGCUCUAAGGGGGGGGGGGGGCUGUACUGCGGCCAUAGCUUCACAAAAUCGAUACAAAAAUCGACAUCCUACUGAUUUAUCAAUAUAUUUUAUGCUGUAUAUUUCUCUUGAUUU